AUGAAUUUUCUGUAUUCCGGGUGCGGUGGCAACGGAAAUCGGUUCGACAAUCUCGGAGAAUGCGCUUCGAACUGUGUGAAGUGUAAAUAAUUCCACAUGAAGAAUGCAACGCGCUCCACCGAAAUCUCUCUUCAGACAACCACAAAGGCUGUCCGUUCCAAAGAAACCCUGUGAUUCCGUUGAGAUGCUCCAGCCACAAGGACUGCAACCGUCAGACCGCUCAGGCAGCAAAUACGCUCUACUGCACUAGAGAGGGAUUUGUUGCGAAACCAAAGAUUUGAGUACGGUAGACACGCUAUUGAUCGGUUUCUAGUGGAGUUCAGACGAACUACGCGACGUCUUCAACGUGACCUGCCCGGAGAAAACGGAAAAAGUACAGUACAUCUACAAAAGCAGCCGGAGAUUGUUGAUCGGAAAAUCUUGCGCUGAUCACGUAUGCUCGUCAAACGCCACGUGCCGCCAGACAAAGUAUUUCGCGUACUGCUGCCGAUAA